AUGGAGCUUCAGAGGCUCAGAAUGGAAGGUGAAUAUAAAAUGUUUUUUGAUUCAUUAUCAGAGAGAAAUAAAUGCAAGAAUGCCUUUAAAGGCUUUCACCCCCGUAUCGAGUUAUCACUUUUCAAGGGAAAUUGAUCCUUAUUUAAAAGAAUCUGUUAUCUGAUUUUAUUAGUAUUUAUGAAUGUUUCCACUCCUUCUUCAAAAUACAAAUUUUCAAGGGAAACUAUUCCUUAGUAAAGAUGAUCCCUCUUCCUUUAUAAUUAUUAAGUGAGAUAGUUAUCUAAUACUUUCAGUUCUUCACAUGAGCCUAGUACAAUGUGAAGUGUUUGUUAAAUGCCUGUUUUUAACCAUUUAUGCGAGGUAAGGCACUGAAUGCUAAAUACAGUGUAUCUCUCUGUUUACCUUUCCUUUCAGGUACUUUGCCUCCCCCUGAACUCUUUACUGCUGAUCUUGAAGAUGAACUAGAACGACUUGAACAACUUCUUAUCGAACAAAGAGAAAAAAUGAAAGGUGAGUGAAACAUGUGUAUUAACUCUGUUGAACAGGGUAAAAGAAAUAUGGAAAGUAAUGUAAGGAAAUAGUUACACUAGUAUUUCAGGCUUGAUUUUUUAAGUAACAAGCUGAAAGGUGACACACUUUCUUUUUGUUUGUUAUAAAGGACUCCUAUUAUUUUCUCUCCAAUACCUAAGCCCUGCAUGCAACUUGCAAAACAUCUGCGCUGCUCAUUACGUGUUGAAGCAUUGGAUAGUGUAUUUUCUCUAUAUUUAAGAUAACCCCUCUUCUUAUACAAUGUUAUCAACCAAGAAUGGUGUUUAAAAAUUCUUUAAACCAUUUUGCUGUUUACUUCUUCUCUCAGGUAGUUCACAUUUCCUUGUUGAAACAGUAAUUAGACUACGCAAGGAACUUGAGAAAGUCAAGAUGGAAGGUGAAUAAAUAAUACACAUUUAGAGAAAAAACAAUUUUAGUAGAAUGCUAUUAAACGCUUCCACUUCUUUAUCGAAGUAUCUUUUUCCACUGAACUCCUGCACGUGCAGUCUUUUUCUGCAGUAAUUAUUAACAACUGCAAUGCUCAUUGGAGGCCUAAGAUAUAAGUUACGUUACUACGUUGGCACCCAGCACUUAGAUGGAGACUGUUUUCACGAGUGGUAAAUCCUGGCAACCCAGCCAUCAGCCGUCAUGUAGUAAGGAGAAAACCUCCCAUUGCACUAGAAAAUAAGAAUUGUAGAAGAAAAGAAACAAAAUACCAGGGAAAAGUGAAUUUCUUCGUAGUGCAUGUUAAAAAAAAUAUCUGGCUUCUUAGGAUAGGCUCAUUCUGGUCCUGGAAACUUUCAAAUUUUGGUACAUAUGCAAAAUUACAGGAACUGUUUCAUGUUAUGCGUAGUUUCGUGGUGCGUGCUUGCAGUGCACGGGAUUUGCACGCGCAUCAAGUGCGCGGUACUGUCGUGAAUCUUGGAUACAAGUCUAGCAUUUUAUCAGAGUGCUUAGGCAUUUUUAAUCGUAUCCAUUUACAACCUUGAUGUGUUAAGGCGCGGCAAGCGUCAAAUUGUGCUCUAAUUUAGAACAAGAUGUACACAUGCAGUUUUUAAAUUGAGUUUGUAUGUCGAACGUUGAGGAGCGUUUGUGUAAGCCAUCUCAGAGUUACGAUGACCACAUCGCGCUACCAGAGGUUAUAAACAUUCCCAUAUUGCUGCUUCAAUAGUGCAUGUAGCACUAAUGCAUGUGAGUGAACUGUAGUACAUGCAGGAGGGUUUCAAUGGCGCUAACUGUUAACCGUAAUAUAGCAAAAACAUUUUGCUGUUAGUCGUAAAAAUUGACGAAUUUCAACCGUUAGUCUUAACAUAACAUAACUGUUUAUUCACAAUUCAAAUUUUAAUGAAAGGUAAAAAGGAAACAAAAAAGGUUACCCCUUUCAAGUUUGUCUCCUAAAAUAAUUAAAAAUCACAGUAAAAUAGUUCAAAAUUUCCUAAAACAUUAGUAAAAUGAGUCUGUUCUUGAAAAUGUUCAGAGUUUUUGCCUUUGCAACUUUUUUAGGUAAAUUAUUCUAUUCAUUGACUAUACUUGCACAGAAAGAAUACUUAAAACUGUUUAGCUUUGCGGGCAAUGGUUUAAGUUUAUGGUAAUGGUUUGUUCUUAAUGGUCGAAAAUCAUGUGCGAAUGUAAAAUACUCAAAUGGGUGUAGCCCGUUAAGACUGUUAACCGUCUUAUAGCACUCGGUAAGCGAAGAAAAUAAUCUUCUCUGAUGUAGAGUUGGCCAUUUAAGGACCUUUAAGCGCUCUUCAUAAGACAUAUCUUGGCCAAUGUUUCUGAUUGCAUAUCUAGGUGUUCUGCGUUGUACUUUCUCUAAAAUAGCCAAAUCCUUUUUGAGGUGUGGAGACCACACUGGAGAGCAGUACUAGAGUAUUGGACGUACUAAACUCAUGUACAAUUUCGAGAACAAUUCUGGGUUCCUGGGGCCCUUUGUUCGACCUAUAAAUCGGAGUACACUGUUUGCCUUGUUUUCAGGCUCCGUGAUAGAUUUGAUGUGAUGUGAAUUCUAAGAUCCUUAACGUUAGAUUACAAAGGAUUAACCAAGGAAAUUUUUCUUUUAAACUCCUUAACAAGAAAAAGUUAGCCCUAAUAUGGCCAAAAUUUUAGCCGUUAGCCGUAAAAGCCAUCACCCCAUUGAGGCCCUCAUGAAGCUCGUGCGUUAAGAAACUUUUGUAUUAAUGUUCCAUGUCAGAAAUGAUUGACAAGACAUGUUGGCGGUAUCUUUGAAUGGCAAAUGUAAAUUUGAACCCAAGCUUGUCCGUGAUCUUUCACAGUUGAUGACAUUGACUCUUACGUUGUCUUUUAAGUAGUUCCUCAUUUUAAUAAAUUCUCUGAACAGAGAAUGUGACCUUAAGUACUAAAAUAGUUUUAUGUCUUUUUGUGUCCUUCAUGAUAGCAUUGGAGAACGCCAUGUAUCUGACCAUCAGAUCAGGACUGGCG